ACCGCAUAAACCUAGAAUCGACAUUGUAAAGUCUGAGUACCACUAUGGCGACAGAUGUGCCCAAAGUCGUCCCCCUGACUUGUCAUGGACAUUCUCGUCCAGUUCCACAUAUCAGUUUCUCAUCUAUAGUGGAAGAGGAUCAAUACUAUUUGAUCUCAGCAUGCAAAGACAACAAUCCAAUGCUUCGUGAUGGUAUUACUGGUGAUUGGAUUGGGACUUUUCUCGGCCAUAAAGGUGCCGUCUGGCAGGCCCGAUUGUCUGCAGAUGCAAACAUAGCCGCUACGGCAGCUGCAGAUUUCUCCGCGAAGGUAUGGGAUACACAUACAGGCGAAUGCCUACACACAUUACAGCAUAACCACAUAGUCCGAGCAGUCGCUUUCCCCGUCCAGACAAACCCUCAAGUCCUGGCUACAGGAGGCAUGGAAAAGAAACUGCGCAUCUUCGAUCUUACACGGAGCAACACUGCAACCAACAAUAACGAUGGCGGCUCACCGCCUUUAACCAAUGACACUAAUAACACAACAUCAUCUUCGCCAAACCCCAACGGAUCAACAGUAACAAGCUACGAAAUCGGUCCCGGCGUGCACAGCGGCACCAUCAAAUCCAUAAUCUGGAACAUAGACUACAACAUCCUCACUACAGCAGCCGAAGACCGCAAAAUCCGCUGGUGGGAUCUACGAUCUCGUCACCCCGUCGUUGAAUAUAGCGUCGAGGGGACAAUCGGUAGUUGCGAAUUGAAUGUGCUAGCUACCCGACCCAACGAGGCUGGAAUUCUGAGCGUUGCGGCGGGGAAGAGCGUUUACUUGUUUGACGGCGCGAUGCCGGGACGGUUACUUAAAAAGGUCGAUUUUAGGUAUGAGGUUGCCAGUGUAGCGGUGAAUAAUGAGACGGGUAGAUUUGUGACUGGUGGUGCUGGAGAGGAUACUUGGGCGAGGGUAUAUGAUUUACAUACUGAUGAAGAAUUGGAAGUGCAAAAAGGUCAUCACGGUCCCAUCUGGUCGGUUAGUUACUCGCCAGACGGGAAAUUGUAUGGAACAGGCAGUGAAGAUGGAACUAUCAAAUUAUGGAAAGCAUGUCGUGAGCCGUAUGGAUUAUGGCGGUAGUUUUCCAUGUCCCUCUCGCCUUUCAAUUUAUUGUUAGCUAGCUACGCUGUACGAAUGUUGAAUGAUUGCUAGGUCAGGG